AUGCUUGCCACCCCGGACUAUCCCGUUUCAGGGAAAGCUCCUGGGGACAACUCUACUUUGCCUGCUGCCGCCUGUUCGCCAUCAAAAGAAUUCCUACGACCCAGAAUGCGGACGAGGACACGGACGGGAUGCUGGACCUGUCGCGACGCCGGUUACAAGUGCGAUGAACAAAAACCAUUCUGUGGCCGCUGCCUGCGACUCAAGAUUCCAUGCCAGGGCUACGGCAUUCGCUGUCGAUGGCGAGCGGUGCGCCCGCAAGUAUCGACUUCCCAGCACCGGCCGGUCGCAGUAGAUUCCUCGCCAUCUCCGUCCCUGGGCUCGGGGCCAUCCCUCCUACCCAUAGAUACUCUGUCGAAACGAGACAGUCGGCUUCUGCAUUAUUGGACGGCCAACCUGUCAGGCCUCUUGUCCGCGUCGGGCGGACCGAGCGAGAGCAAUCCGUUUGUCGUUCACCUGGGCGCCAUGCUGCUCGCGCCCGGCGCCUUGCAGUCGGUCGUUUUGUCCAUGGCGGCGACCCAUCUAGCGCGUCUAACCGACGACACCUCGCUGCAGGUGGUGGCAGACCGGCACCAGCAGGCGGCCCUGAAUCGGCUGCGAACUCUUGUCGGCGACCCUGUCCAGAGUCGGUCGCAGGCGACCUUGGCGGCGGUGCUGAUGAUGCUGGUUUCUACGCGGCUGUUCGCCGAUGAGGAAGAUACGACGCCCUGCCUUGUAAACCAUCUGCAAGGGGCGAGUGCUAUGAUCGGCCAGCGUUUGAACGGCCAUGCACCUGCUCCGUUGACCCCCACAGAGCGAUUUCUGCUCAGCCUAUUUUCCUACCAUGACAUCCUGUCGUCCGUCUCUCGUGGCGCGCGGCCCUUAUGGGAAUCCACCUCCGAGUUCUCGGCCGUCGAAGAUAUCGCUUGUACGCAUCGCAUCACUGCAGUCCUUCACCUUGUCGCUCGUAUCAGUCAGCUUCAGCAACUCAAGACGGCGGAUGCGAAUCAGCCGGGCUGUUCGUUUCACGUCACGGCUGCUGCUAUCGAGAUCUCCUUGCAAGGGCUAGGUCCCCUGUCAUCCGGGGAUACCCGCGACAACAGCUGGGAGAGAGCGAUCGAGUCUACGGUGCAAGCGUAUCGACACGCCGCCUUUAUUUACUUGUACCGCGUGUGGUUCGAUGUAGGAGCCCCGAGUCCGACCACCCUGGAGCAUGUCGAGCAAUGCUUGUCUGCAUUGGAGGAAGUGCCUGCCACGUCGCCUUUGGUGUCGGCCCACGGGUGGCCGCUGUUUACUGCGGGCUGCGAGUCAAUUCUACCGUCCCAGAGGGACUUGGUUCGAGCCCGUUUCGACCAGAUGUAUGCCACACGCCACUUCCCUUCCCUGCGGCGCAUCAAGGGGGACAUGGAGGAGGUUUGGGCUCGCAAGGACGCCGAACAACGCAUCGCAGGGCUGGACGGCAUGGCGAAGGUGGACUGCAUCCAGGUGAUUCUACGUCGGCGAGGAAGGGAGGUCAACUUUACAUGA